CUACCACGAAGUCAAAUGACUAGAUCAAUUCUAUGACUUACGAAGAGUCGGAGAAGAAUGUAGAUGGACCUGGUUCCUGUAUUAAAAAGGAAGAUUCUUCGAAUUUCAAAUUACGCGUUCAUCUACGUGAACCCGAGCUUAUAGUCACCCAUGCUGGGCAUGUCGUGGAAGAACCGAAAUACGAAAAAUUAGAAGAUUUUUUGAAGUCAUAUGUAUCAUUAGAAGAUGGUGAUUAUGAUAUUCAAUCUGCUGAAGAAAAAAUAAAAGGUGAAGUGGAUCUUCGACGUCGAAUUGAGGAAUUCCGAAGAAAGGGAUACUUCAGUGCUGAGGCUCCUGUAGAAUUAAAAAAGGGACCAGGUUCCAUGAAACCUCCUGUAUCAUACAGGGAUAAUUUUUUAUCUCAUAUUCAUGGCUUAGCCCGUUAUAUGCAUAAUGAGAGAAAAGUACGAGCGUCUCGGGCUCGUAAGGUGUCCGGUAUGAUUUUAGGGCAUUUUAAGCGUCUUUCUGGAGCGGAUGAAAGAAAAGCCAAAGAAGAAGACAAGAGGAUUCGUCUUUUGGCUAAGAGAACUGCUUGGGAGAUACGUAAAAAAUGGAAAGUAAUAGAAAGAGAAGUUCGGCGAAGACGAACAGAGCGUGCUGAAGAAGCGCAUCGUUUAGCUGGAAAAGAACAUCUAGCUAAUAUUUUAAAGCAUUCUACGGACUUGCUAGAAGCUAGGAUUGAACGACAAACCGGUCCUCCCCCUACCAAGCAGGAAAAGUUAAAGGAGAAACCUCCGAAAAAUGAUUUGAACUAUUUAAGAGAUACUCCAGAUGACUCGUUGUCUGUGGAAGAGCUGAAGCUUAAGUAUAGUAAUCUUGAGGUCAUUAAUACUCUCGGUGAAAAUGCUGAUAUUGAAGAAUCUGAUGAGGGUCAGCUAGAUUCCGAAAACGAAUUACCUGAAGAAGCCUCUGAAGAUGAGGAAACCAAAGAGAAGCCAAAGACUUUAUCAGAACCUAUUGAAAGCAUUGAGAAGCAGCCGACUAAAACUAGCAGAAUUACUCGUUCUUCAGCUAGAAAGUUGGCUUCACAAAAUGGCACAAAGGAAGAACUUAAUGGUGAACAUAAUGAUAAUUUAUCUCGUUACUCACAAGAACGGGGUAUUUCCUAUAAUGGAAAAUCACUUGUUAAAAACGAGGAAGAAGAAUCUGAGAACGAGUACACUUUAUCUUCUUUAUUUGAUGAUUCCGUUCAGUCAAAAAAGCGUUCUCAUGAAGUCGAAGAACAAACCUCUAGGAAACGGCAACAAGUUGAAAAUGAAGUAGUCGAGGACUUUGACAAGAAUAAAGUCUCUACUAUUACAGCGAAUAAAGUUGAUGUUCCGUUUCUUUUUCGCGGUUACCUACGUGAAUACCAACAAUUUGGAUUGGAAUGGUUGACUGCACUUCAUGACAGCAAUACAAAUGGUAUAUUGGCUGACGAAAUGGGAUUAGGUAAAACAAUUCAAACAAUUGCUCUGCUUGCCCACUUGGCCUGUGAAAAAGAAAAUUGGGGUCCACAUCUAAUUGUUGUACCUACUAGCGUUAUGUUGAAUUGGGAAAUGGAAUUUAAAAAAUUUCUUCCUGGAUUUAAAAUACUAACGUAUUAUGGUAAUCCUCAAGAGAGAAAAGAAAAACGUACAGGAUGGUACAAACCAGAUACAUGGCACGUUUGCAUUACCUCUUACCAACUUGUUCUGCAAGAUCAUCAGCCUUUCAGACGAAAGAAAUGGCAGUAUAUGAUCCUAGAUGAAGCCCAUAACAUUAAAAAUUUUCGAUCACAACGUUGGCAGUCAUUACUGAACUUUAAUGCAGAGCAUCGCUUGCUCUUGACAGGUACUCCCUUACAGAAUAAUUUGGUUGAAUUAUGGUCCCUUUUGUACUUUUUAAUGCCUGCUGGUGUUACGGAUGCUAACUCUGGGUUUGCUAAUCUCAAAGAUUUCCAAGACUGGUUCUCAAAACCCAUGGACCGACUUAUUGAGGAGGGAAGUGAAAUGGAUGAGGAAGCCAUGACUACCGUUGCAAAGUUGCAUAGAGUUUUGCGACCAUACCUUCUUCGUCGUCUGAAAACGGAGGUGGAAAAGCAGAUGCCAGGAAAGUAUGAACACGUUGUCUAUUGUCAGCUCUCAAAAAGACAAAGAUUUCUGUAUGAUGACUUUAUUAACCGUGCACGUACACGAGAGAUUCUAGCAUCUGGAAAUUUCAUGAGCAUUAUUAACUGUUUGAUGCAACUUCGUAAAGUAUGCAACCAUCCUAAUUUGCACGAAGAACGUCCAAUUGUUACUUCAUUUGCUCAGCGUCGGUCUGCGAUUGCUGAUAUGGAAACCAAAGAUUUAUUAAUUCGUAAAAGACUGUUAGAAGACGAGCCAAUGAGAAAGCUGGAUCUUUCGACAUUGCGACUUGUCUGUACAGAUUCCGAAUCUUUUGAUGCUGUUACGUCGAAUGAGUUAGAGGCGCUGUGCGCGUCUGACGGAUUCGACAAAAGGUGUACAUUAUUGGAAAUGGAAAUAGAUCAGCAACUGUCUCCCAAUCACAUUAAUAAGGCGGGAUUUGGAUUAUAUUUCCAGAACAAAAAGUAUGAACGCGAACUUGAGAAAAUGCGCCAUCAAAAAUAUCUUAAUGAGCAGAAAUGCGCUCGUAAACCAAUUUUCGGGAGUAACCUCAUACGAAUGGUGAGAGAGUUGCCGAGGAAUUGUCGUGCUAUCGAUUAUACUCUUACUUCGCAAAUGGAUUCUAUGUACAACCUGAACACAACUUCAGCGUUACGUGAUUCUGUUUUAAGCGUAGAAGAGCGCGCUGAUAGUAUGAAGGAGGUCCUUCAGAAUUUUGCUUGCAUCACUCCUCAAGCGGUUGUCGUAGAUUUACCUGAGCUGUUUACUGGUCCUAUUAAAUACAACGUGACGCCUAAAAUGAUGCAAGACAAUUGGCCUUGGCAUCAAGCUGCAACGAGACUAGCUAUUGCAUUUCCUGAUCGUCGGUUAUUGCAGUAUGAUUGUGGCAAGCUACAAGUCCUUGACAAAUUGUUGAGAGGAUUAAUCUCGAAUGGCCAUCGUGCACUAAUCUUUACGCAAAUGACCAAGGUGUUGGACAUUUUGGAACAAUUUCUAAAUAUACAUGGACAUAGGUAUUUGCGCUUAGAUGGUGCUACAAAGAUUGAACAAAGGCAGAUAUUAACUGAAAGAUUCAACAAUGAUGAUAAGAUUCCAGUAUUUAUUUUGUCUACAAGAAGUGGUGGAUUGGGUAUAAAUCUGACUGGUGCUGAUACGGUCAUUUUUUACGAUUCAGAUUGGAAUCCGCAAUUGGAUGCUCAGGCUCAGGACCGAUCUCACAGGAUCGGACAAACAAGAGAUGUUCAUAUUUAUCGUCUUAUUAGUGAAUAUACAGUCGAAUCUAACAUGCUACGAAGAGCGAAUCAGAAACGGAUGCUGGAUAAAAUUGUCAUUCAAGGAGGUGAGUUUACCACUGAAUGGUUCCGAAAAGCGGAUGUUUUAGAUUUGUUUGAUUUAGAUGAAAGGUAUCUGGAAGAGGCUGAAGCUGAAGCACCGAAUAAAGCGGAUGAAGAAAAUUGGGAGGAUGCUUUGGCAGCUGCUGAAGAUGAGGAAGAUGUGAAAGCGGCUCAAGUUGCUCGGAAAGAAUCGGCACUUGAAAGAAAUGAGUUUAGCGAUAUUCCUACACCGCAAGUUUCUUCUGCGAGAGAAAGUACUUCCUCUCCUUCAAGUAUGACACCUAUUUACGAUAAAGAAAUAGAGGAGGAAGAAGAACAGCAAUCCAAUUUUGACGAAACAGGAUUGGAAAAUGAAGAAGAACUGGAACAAGAAACUAUCGAUGAUACUCUCGGGCACAUUGAUGAGUAUAUGAUUGGAUUUUUGGAACGAGAAGGCACGAGUGAUGAAUGGUAAGCGUUAAUUUCGGAAUAAAAGUCAAAAAGAAAAAAAAGAUUAUUUCUGGUAAAUAAUCUAUGUUAUGAUGAUAUGUAAACAUUAAUAAAAUGGAUGUUUCCCAUCCAUCUUUUAACCAAUCUUCGUUUUCUGCCAAAACUGCUUUUAUUGAAGAUGAUCCCGCUGCUUUUGUAGAUCCUAAUACAAAAGAGUUCAGUUGCUCCGUUUAUUCAGCUGGAUUGCUUGGAGCCUUAUUCUAAGGACUUUUAGGUAAGAUCCAAUGUGCAAAUUAAUAAUCUUUUACGAUGAAUCCUAAAAGAGCUUUUCUGAAGAUGACGACGUCGUAAGUGAACAGUUAACUACAAUGUGUGACCUAACAUGGUCAAACGAACGAACCAAAUCUCCCUUUUUGUUCGAUUCCUGAAGGAUUUACUUUAAAUUUACGGAGUAUCGAAAACAUAUACUUUAUUGGAUGUGUUAAAGAUGAGGUGAUGCUUUCUCAGAAGCAUCUUCAAAUUUGCGCCCAUUACGGAGUCAAUGUUUGUUUCAUACGGAUCCUGGACUAUUUCCCGAAGGUGUCACUUUGUUAGAGAUGAUGAAUCUCAUUGAUUUCGUAAGUACACUGGUGAUGAAAAGGUUAAUUUACCUCUCAAUGGCACCUUUUAUUGAGGAGGAAUUGUAGCAGAUGAGAUGGGAUUGGGAACAACUGUUGAAAUGCUAGGGAUUCCUAUAAUCUUGAAAGAUCGACCGAAACAUUUCCGUACUCUGAUAGUCUUACUAUAACUACAGACAAUUCUGGUAGUAGUACCUGUGUCUUUAUUGGAUCAAUGGCAAUCCGAAGCAUUGAAAGCUUCAGGUUCAAAUCACUUUAAACCCCUAGUGUACAAUGGUUCGAUGGUUAGAGACCGCUGUAAAUUUACGAUUCCUUACUGAUACUAACAUGUUUCCUGGUUUGGUUAUAACUAGCUACGGCGUUAUACACCCAGAGCCUGCUUAAGAUAGUGCCGAAACUUUUGAAUUAUUUUCUGUUCACUGCUAUCAAGUGACUCUGAACGAAGGUUGCUCUAUAAAGAAUCGCAGCAGUAAAGCCCCUAAGGCCUGUGAUGUAAUAUCAACUCAGAAUUGAUGGAUAAUUACAGGAACGCCAAUCGUUGAUUUGUACAGUUUGACAAAAACUUUUACAAAUAGAACAUUGGUGCAAAUACAAUUACAUGGCAUACAUUCGCUACUGUACCCUAUGAGGCAAAUGUAAUUUUGAAAGCUUGAAACGUUGUGCAGUUUUUUUUUCGAACCACUCGGUUUAAGAAGAACAAAUUUCGGAAGCAGAACGACGAAUAUGUGAUUCCUUAUACGUUAAAGCAAAAAGUCGAGUGCAUGAAAGUAUCGCUGCAGGAGCUUUAUUAAAAUAUUUUACUGCAAUUUUAGGCUUACUUUUACAGCUUUGACAAGCUUGUGUUCCUUUACUUCUGUCCAAAACAAUGAAAAAAAAAAUGGAACUGGAAAUUAAUUCUAAUGAACUUCAUAGCUUAAUUUGGAGGUUUUCGUCGCAGAAAAACCAAUCCCGGCUAUAUUACAGAAAUAUCAGACAAAGAUGCACUAGAUGCUCUUGUUUCAGAAUGUGCUGUUCGAAACCAACUGAAAAUUCUGUGUUAAAAUGCAAACACGUUUGCUUUCGGGAAUGCCUGAAAGGUCACAAAAGGUUAUCAAAAGAAGAGAAAUUUAUCCUCCACUUUGUUAUACUUGUCGUCAGCCUUAUGAACUGGACGAUGUUUAUGAGCCUCGAGAAGUUAGGUCAACAGUUUAACAAUGAAAAUAAAAGCUUACAAUGGAAUUAUUGGGACCGAUAUCUGUGUCAAAGUAUUAGUAUUUUCAGAAUAUAUUCAGGAAGUUCUAAAUAAUCCUUCGCCCGAUAACUUUUCUCAGUUUACUGGUUUUCUCGAUUACAUAGAAGUUUUUGAAACUCUAAGAAUCAAGUAUUCUCUUUGAUGGCAGGAUGUCUCAUGAACAAAGACCUAUGUCGUUAGAACAAUAUCGGAAUGAUCCGACAAAUACUAGUCUCAACAUAUCCAUCAAAGCUGUUAGCUUGGCUUGAACUUAACCUGUGCCAAAUAUACGCUAAUGAUGGAACCUUGGCGUGGAGCUGGUCAGUAAAUUCUCAGGCUAUUGAUCGUGUUUAUCGUCUAGGUCAAGAAGAACAGGUUAUAGUAAAUCGUUUUAUCAUACGAGAUAGAUAAGAGGAAAGAAGAAUGCUGAAAGUUUAUGCAGACACUUGGAAUGUCCAAGGAGGAACAAUAGGUUCAGUCUUUGGGAAAUAUACAAACUUUGUUUACUUAAUAAGCGAGGGCUGAAAAUGUGUACAUUAUUUAAUAAAAUUUAAGGGAAUGGCUUUUAAGAUUUUUGAGAGAAAUAAAUGUUAUAAUAGCAUGAACACUUAUUUUUUUUUUUUUUUAAAAAAAAAAGGAAUUAGUAUAAGCUAUACAUACUUAGUCUAAGCAGUUGGAAACCUUUGAAGCUUCUCGUCAGCAGGCAACUCCAUCUCAGAAUCGUCUUUGUACAAUGGCAAAGGCUUUUGCAAUUUUUCUGAGAUUUCUGCUUUAUCAUCUUUCAACACUCUGCUAUUAUAUGCAUUUAAGGUAAAGGCAAAAAGAUAGAAGUACAUAACACCAACACAAGUUUUUAUGACUUCGGAUUUUACAUUAAAAGUUGGUGCGCUUUGUACGUGGAGUAUCACACUCACAAGGAUUGCGAGCAAAAGAAGAGGAAGGAAUUUCUUAGAUUUGAUGUAUUUAUCAUCAAAAUCGUGUCCUAAUUUGAGGCGCAUUCUGCAAACGUGAAAGACUCUGAUUACUAAAAUUGAGGGAAGAUAGCCAUAAUUAAAUAGCAUCCAUGUCAAUUGUAAAGGCUUCGCUUUAGGAGACUCGGUCAAAAGUAAAAUAGGAAAAAUCAUAGGUGCUAUUACAAUAAAGAGCGAUUGAACAAAACCUAGUAGAAUGAUCAAAAACACCAGCUUUUUGGAACUACGUCGAUAAUAACCCAAACCGAGUGAAAGAGCCAAUAUUAAUGAAUUAAAUAAAGGGCGUUCGACGCCGUCACCAAACAAAUAAGAGAAUGCGGGAAAUAUAAAGGAAAAUAGUUUUCCUGGAACACCAAUGUUCCCGUUGGAGAAGAAGGUUCGUUUUAUAGGAUGGUUCAAUAAAAAUGCAGCGUACCAAACA